GGGCUCACCCGCGCUGGACCAGACGAUGGUGACACUGCAGCGUGCAGGAUCCUCACCGUGGUGCCAGGUCGGGUCCAGGUGACCCCAUCUGGUGACUUCGGUGCCCCAGAUGUUAAAUACGUGUUAACAUCUUGCAGCUCAGCAGCUCAACCAGCCUGCAGCUCAGUGAAAGGCUCUCACUGCAGCAGCAACAAGCGCUGCAGGGAGCGGGGCUGGUGCUGAGUGAGCUGGAGCCGAUCUCAGCUGCUCUUCACAAGCCCUGGCCCUCGGUAGCGGCACUGGAGAGGUGCCAGGCUCCUGGGCAGCCGCAGCCCUGGCAGGGUUCUGGGGGGGGGAGGCUCCCUAUGGUCCAGAGCAACCAGGGUUCACAGCGUGGGGAGCCUGGGUGCUGGGGCUUGGCCUUGCCCAUCCCCAGUGAGGUUCCAGCAGGCUGGGCACUGGCAGCAGGGAGGGAUGAGCGGAUGGCAGUGCUGAGCAUCCCUCCUGCUGCUCUGGGCGAGGGAAGCAAACACCAUCUUGUGUCCCUGCCAGGCUGCGGGAGCCCCAGGAGCUCUCUGCAGCAGCGUGUCCCUGCCUGACCUCCUCCUCCUCUGCCUCCUCCUCCUCCACCUCCUCCUCUUCCCAUCCCUGGCUCUUGGAGCAGUGGAGGGCUGUGACUCUCCAGGGCAUCCCAGCUCCUUGCUUGAGGAGCAUCAGUGGGUGGUCCCCAUGGGGGUCCCCUCUCCAGCUGCCCCUUAGCCUCCCUGCUGCAGCUGCCAUCAGUGAGGGGUUUCCUGGUGAAUCCCUGUGGUCUCUCAGUGCUGGAUGCGGAUGCAGGAUAGGACAAGGGCUUUUCUUUAGCCCCAGGUCCCCAGCUUACAUCAGGGUGGUUCUGCCUGGAUCCUGCCCCCGGAGUGGCUGCUCCCUCUGGCUCCAUCCCAGCCCCUUGUCCCCAGGCUGUGUCCCACUGUCGGGGGCCGGCAGCCGGCAGGAUCCCCACACUGCCAGGGCAGCCGGAGCCAGCGCCAGCCUGUUGCAUGAGAGCAGAGUUAUUUUUAGCUGUAAUGUGCCUGUUGUGGCUUCAGCGCAGGCUCUGCUAAGGCUCAGGUUCCCUCCCCGCUGAGCACAGGGGAUGCCCCCGUACCAGCAUCUCAGCCAGGGGUGAUAUGGGAGCAGGAGAUGGAGAAGAGCAUCCCUGUGUCCUGUUGAGCACUCGGCAUCCCCCACAUAUGUCUGGGAUAGAGGGGAGCAGGGACUUGGGUGAGCCUGGAAUAGCAUCCAUCCCCUGCAGCCAUUCUGAGUGUCCUCAGUGCUGUCCCAGGUGCAGACUGGUGCAGCAGAGCACUGCUGAUGCACGCGGUGGGCUCAGCCUCUGUAGAGCCAUGCUCUGCUCCUGUUUAAUAAGGCCACUGCAUGCAUUAUGUUAUUAAUGAGUUAUUAAAAAGCCAUCCUCAGUGAUGCUGCUGCCUACCCAGUGUGGUGCCCAGGAAACACAUCCUUUAGCAUCCAUAGCUCUGUGCCAGGGUCUCACCGGCACUGGGGGACACCUCACUGCUGAGGUGCCUGUGUACCCCCAGCACAGCACCUUGGCCUCCUCUGUGAGCCUCUGGCCUGUCCUCGCUGUGCUCUAGGGCACCAGCAAUAGCCACAAGGCUUUUUAUAGCCCCAUUUGGGCGGAAGCUGUUUGGUGGCUCCUUGCCCAGGUUGUGCUUGGCUGGCUCCUGAGGGCAGGGGGGUCACUGCAAUGGGGUCCCUCAGUGUGGGGUCUCUGUCUGAUGGUUUUUGGGUGACAUCCCCUGUGCUGCACACCCCCCACCCCAGGGGCUGCCUUGGCACAGGCCAGGACACAGGGCAGGGGCUCCCAAUGGCUGUCCCCUGCCUGCAAGGUGUCAGGUCGGGACAUGGGCCAUGCCGCUGACCCCCUGGGCCAGCUCCACACUUGGACCUGCAGCAGGUGCCUCCUGGGAAGCAUCCAUGUGUCUGCCUGUCUGUCUGUCUCUCCUGCAGGGCAAAUGCCAUAGGAUGACCGCUGCUGGUCCCCUCUUACUGGCUGUGAUAUCGACUCUCCUGUGGCUCACGUGGGGCUUCGACCCCGCUCCCAGCGCCUGCUCUGCCCUGGCCUCUGGCGUCCUCUACGGCUCCUUCUCCCUCAAGGACCUCUUCCCAACCAUCGCCUCCGGCUGCUCCUGGACCCUGGAGAACCCCGACCCCACCAAGUACUCUCUCUACCUCCGCUUCAACCGGGAGGAGCAGGUCUGCACCCACUUCUCGCCCAUGGUGCUGCCGCUCGACCAUUACCUGGCCAACUACACCUGCGACCCCCGCGGCGAGGCCGCCAGCCCCCCGCCUGCCGCCCAGGGCGCCGAGGAGGAGCAGGAGGAAGCGGAGCUGGAGCUGUGCGAGGGCUCAGGGCCCUUCACCUUCCUGCACUUCGACAAGAACUUCGUGCAGCUGUGCCUGGCGGCCGAGCCCGAGGCUGCCCCGCGGCUGCUGGCGCCGCAGGCGCUGGAGUUCCGCUUCGUGGAGGUGCUGCUCAUCAACAACAACAACUCCAGCCAGUUCACCUGCAGCGUGCUGUGCCGCUGGCUGGAGGAGUGCCUGCAGGCGCCCGGCGCCCGGCGCUGCGGCUUCACGCACGCCGGCUGCAGCUGCCAGGCUGAGCCCCCGCGCCGCAACGGCACCGGCCGCGGUGCCCCCACCGUGCCAGCUGCCACCGCAUGCUGCCCCACUGACCUGCGCGCCGGCGAGGCCGACGGCCUCCACCUGCCCGACGUGCGGCACGGCAAUGCAGUCGAGGAGAACCAGAAGGUGAAGACCCAGUGGCCACGGUCAGCAGACGAGCCGGGUGUCUACAUGGCCCAGACAGGGGAUCCGGCAGCAGAGGAAUGGUCCCAAUGGAGCGUCUGCUCCCUGACGUGCGGGCAGGGCUCCCAGGUACGAACACGCUCCUGUGUCUCUUCGCCCUAUGGGACGCUGUGCAGUGGGCUCCUCCGGGAGACACGGACCUGCAAUAACACAGCCACGUGCCCAGUUCACGGCGCAUGGGAGGAGUGGUCCCCGUGGAGCCUGUGCUCGGUGACCUGCGGGCGAGGGGCCAGGACCAGGACGCGGCCGUGCGCGGCCCCGCGGCGCGGAGGGGAAGCCUGCGAGGGUCCCGAGCUGCAGGCCAAGCCCUGCAGUAUCGCGAGCUGCCAGGUGGAAGGGCAGUGGCUGGAGUGGGGCGCCUGGAGCCGCUGCUCCGUCACCUGCGCCAACGGCACGCAGCAGCGGACGCGCCGGUGCAGCCUCUCGGCACACGGCUGGGCCGAGUGCCACGGGGCACACGCCGACGCACGGGAGUGCUCCAACCCCACCUGUCCCACAGACAGCAAAUGGGGCCCCUGGAACCACUGGAGCCUCUGCUCCAAGACGUGCGACACGGGCUGGCAGCGGCGCUUCCGCAUGUGCGAAGGCUCCGGCAUGCAGGGCUACCCCUGCGAGGGCUCCGGCGAGGAGGUGAAGACCUGCAACGAGAAGAAGUGCCCAGCCUACCAUGAGAUGUGCAAGGACGAGAACGUGAUGCUGAUGACCUGGAAGAAAACAGCUGCAGGGGAGAUCAUCUACAACAAGUGUCCCCCCAAUGCCACGGGCUCUGCCAGCCGCCGGUGCCUGCUGAGCCCCCAUGGUGUUGCCUACUGGGGCGUCCCCAGCUUCGCCCGCUGCAUCUCCCGCGAGUACCGAUACUUGCAUCUCUCACUGCGGGAGCAUCUGGCCAAAGGGCAGCGGGUGCUGGCAGGCGAGGGCAUGUCUCAAGUGGUGCGGAGCCUGCUGGAGCUCAUGGCUCGCAAGACCUACUACAGUGGAGACCUGCUGUUCUCCGUGGAGAUCCUGCGCAACGUCACCGACACCUUCAAGAGGGCCACGUACAUCCCGUCCUCUGAGGACGUGCAGCGCUUCUUCCAGGUGGUGAGUUACAUGGUGGAUGCGGAGAACAGGGACAAGUGGGAGGAUGCACAGCAGGUCUCUCCCGGCUCCGUGCACCUCAUGAAGGUGGUGGAGGACUUCAUCCAUCUGGUGGGGGAUGCACUGAAGGCUUUCCAGAGCAACCUCAUCGUCACCGACAACCUGGUGAUCAGCAUCCAGCGGGAGCCUGUCACCGCUGUCUCCAGUGACAUCAACUUCCCCAUGAAGGGGCGCCGGGGCAUGAAGGAUUGGGCCCGCAGCUCCGAGGACAAGCUCUUCAUCCCCAGGGAGGUGCUCAGCCUCGCCUCUGCCGAAGCAGAUGAAUCAUCCCACUUUGUCAUCGGGGCUGUGCUGUUCCGCACGCUGGGGCUCAUCCUGCCCGCGCCCAGGACCCCCCUGGCCGUCACCUCCAAGGUGCUCAUGGUGACCGUGCGCCCUCCGACCAAACCCGCUGAGCCCCUCGUGCUGGUGGAGCUGUCCCACAUCAUCAAUGGAACGUCCCACCCGCAGUGCGUCACCUGGGACUACUCAAGGACGGAUGCUGGCUUGGGAAACUGGGACACCGAGAGCUGCCAAACCCUGGAGACCCUCCCAGCGCACACCAAGUGCCAGUGCCGCCAGCUCGCCACCUUCGCUGUCCUCGCCCAGCUGCCCAGAGACCUGGCCAUGGACUCCUUGGGUGCCCCAUCCGUGCCGCUGAUGAUCGGCUGCGCUGUGUCCUGCAUGGCCCUGCUGACACUGCUGGUGAUCUACGCUGCCUUCUGGAGGUUCAUCAAGUCAGAGCGCUCCAUCAUCCUGCUCAAUUUCUGUGUGUCCAUCCUGGCCUCCAACAUCCUCAUCCUUGUGGGGCAGUCCCAGAUGCUCAGCAAGGGUGUGUGCACCAUGACAGCCGCCUUCCUCCACUUCUUCUUCCUCUCGUCCUUCUGCUGGGUGCUGACGGAGGCCUGGCAGUCCUACCUGGCAGUGAUCGGCCGGAUCCGGACACGCCUGGUCAGGAAACGCUUCCUGUGCUUGGGAUGGGGGUUGCCAGCCCUCGUGGUCGCAGUCUCUGUUGGCUUCACACGGACCAAAGGCUACGGGACAGCGAGCUACUGCUGGCUCUCACUGGAGGGCGGUUUGCUCUAUGCCUUCGUGGGACCCGCUGCUGUCAUCGUGCUGGUGAACAUGCUGGUGGGCAUCAUCGUGUUCAACAAGCUCAUGUCCCGCGAUGGCAUUUCAGAUAAGUCCAAAAAGCAGCGAGCUGGCUCCAAGCCCCCCCCCUGCGGCAACCUGCUGCUGAAAUGCACCAAGUGCGGCGUGGUGUCCAGCGCGGCCAUGACCUCCGCCACCGCCAGCAGUGCCAUGGCAUCGCUGUGGAGCUCCUGCGUGGUCCUGCCUCUGCUGGCGCUGACCUGGAUGUCGGCCGUGCUCGCCAUGACCGACCGGCGCUCCAUCCUCUUCCAGGUCCUCUUUGCCGUCUUCAACUCUGUCCAGGGCUUCGUCAUCAUCACCGUGCACGGGUUCCUGCGCCGAGAGGUCCAGGACGUGGUCAAGUGUCAGAUGGGGGGAUGCAGGAGCGAGGAGAAUGAAAACUCACCCGACUCCUGCAAGAAUGGGCAGGUUCAGAUCCUGACAGACUUUGAAAAGGACGUUGACCUGGCGUGUCAGACAGUGCUGUUCAAGGAGGUGAAUACCUGCAACCCUGCUACCAUCACGGGCACCUUGUCCCGCAUCUCCCUGGAUGGGGAUGAAGACCCCAAGCUCAACACCACCCCCGAGGGUGGCCUGGGCUUCUCCAGCCUGCCAGGAAACAUCCCUCCCUCCAGCAUCCUGGUGCAGGUCCCCAAGAUGACACCCAACGUGGUGGCAGGUUUGGGUGAGCUGGGGGACCCACCGGGGCAGCAGCUGGGGCUGGAGGCAGCCGGUCCCGUGUACCUGUGCACAGAGAGCAGCCUGCGGCCAAUGGAGUACGGGUGGCUGCGGGCGCCCGAGCCCCCCCGGGAGAGCGACUACAUGAUGCUGCCGCGCCGAACCAGCAGCCUCAAGCGUUUCCCACGGGAUGAGAGCACCGAGGAGGGGGUGCCCGGCGGGACGGGGCGCCCGGCAGCCGAGGGUGAUGCCUACCCUGGCUUCGUUGCGGUGGAUCAUGUGAAUGUGAACUUGAACCAGCCCUAUGGCACGGUGAAAGCUCCCUAUGGCCUCCAGUUCAAACAGCAUCCCAGCAUGCGGCAGAUCCUGGCCUCGGAGCUGUCGGAGCGCAGCCGCACCAUGCCCCGCACCGUGCCCGGCUCUGCCAUGAAAGUGGGGUCCCUGGAGAGGAAGAGGUUGCGAUACUCAGAUCUGGACUUUGAGAAGGUGAUGCACACACGGAAGCGCCACUCUGAGCUUUACCAUGAGCUCAACCAGAAGUUUCAUACACUGGACCGGUACCGAGCCCCGGCUGCCGGCUCCUCCAAGCGAGAAAAGCGGUGGAGCGUCUCAUCGGGUGGCGGGGACAAGAGCAUGGCCAAUGAUGCCGCCAGCCCCAAGGAGCAGCAGCUCCAGGCACCGGCAGCGCCACCGAAGCCCUGGAGCACGUUCAAGGCGAUGACACUGGGGUCCCUGCCCAGCGCCCAGUGGGACCGGCUGGAGCUGCGAUGCGCAGACUGGGGGGGCCCCUGCGCCGGCCUGGAUAUGGCCGAUGGUGACUUCCAGACCGAGGUGUGAGCCCCACACCCACCACCACCGUCUUGGACCAGCCGAGAUGCUGCGUUUGCUCCAUCCUCCACAGCAGCCGGGGACCCCUUGCGUGGCCGGAGCCAUUGCCAUGGCACACACCGCGCUCCCCCCGGCUGCGGCCGCCUCCACCCGUCCUUCGCGUGGCCACCCUCCCGAUGCGGGUGCGGAGGGGACCCGUGCACCCCCCCCCCAUGCUCCCCCCACUGCUCACACCUGCACCCCCCGGGGCAGGUGCGGCCUCGAGGCCGUCGGAUCCUCAUUUCUUUUGUACCGGGAUGUUUCUUCACGCCGUGCACCGUGUGCACGCGAGCGGCCCCCCCGGCGCCUGUCCCAGCCCUCCCUCCAUCCCCACACGGGGAAGGUGCUGUUGUUGUU